CCCACAUCCCCAGAAGGCUAGAAUCCCUUUCCCCCGCCCGCCCUCCACGCGGACGCGCCACCUCACCGUCGCCUCGCACGUCCUCCUCCCCCGUUCCCCGGCCAUUACUUAACGAGGACGGAAGCGCCCACCCCGACCGCCCACCACAACCCAAGCCCAGUCGUCUCUUCUCCCCCGAGUCCUGCUGCCUCCGAGCUCCGAACCGAGCAGAGCCGCCCACGAGUCCUCCGCCCCCGCGCAUCUCGUCACGAGCCCCACGACCGCCUCAACCCGCCUCCGUCCACGGACCGAGAUCCCCAACUGCCGCGGCAUGCCGGCCGAGCCCCGCUCCGGUUAAACCCCCCGCCUCGCUCCCCAUUUUAUGGCGCUCUCCCGCAGGCGCGCGCGCACUGCCCCCGCCGCCGUCCCCAGCGCCUGCUUCCUCCUGCUCCUGCUCCUCCUCCUCACCUCCUCCUCCCUCCUCUCCCCCACUCCCCCCAGCCGCGACGGCAGCUCCUCCUCGUCCCUCUUCGCCGGUAAGGGGGCGCAGGGGAGCGACUGCGCGGAGCUGCAGUCCAUCGCGGGCGGGGAGGCCCGGUGCGCGUACCUCCGCGCGCACUCCCCCUGCUCCCCCGCGGGGUACGUCGACUACCUCCGCCUCUUCUACUGCGGCUUCGCCGGCGCGCCGGCGGCGGCGUGCACCGUGCUCGCGCUGUGGCUCGCGGUGCUCUUCUACCUGCUGGGCGACACCGCGUCCGAGUACUUCUGCGCGUCGCUCGAGGGCCUCUCGUCGGCGCUGCGGCUUCCCCCCGCUGUCGCGGGCGUCACGCUGCUCUCGCUCGGGAACGGCGCGCCCGACGUGUUCGCCAGCGUCGUGUCCUUCGCCGCGGGCGACGUUGGCGGGGUCGGGCUCGACAGCGCGCUCGGCGGGGCGCUCUUCGUGUCCACCGUCGUCGCGGGCGCCGUCGCGCUCGCCGUGGGCGCCCGCGGCGGGAUCGUCGUCGAGCCGCGGGGGUUCGUGCGCGACCUCUGCUUCCUCCUCCUCGCGCUCUGCUACCUGCUCGCCGUGCUCGUGAACGGCGCAGUCACCGUCUGGGUCGCCGUGUCGUUCGUCUCGCUCUACGUCGGCUACGUCGUCGUCGUCUGGACCUCCCACUGCUGCGCCGAGCAGGGCAAGCCGCCCGCCGCCGGCCUCGCCGCGCCGCUCCUCCUCGAUGAGGACGACGACGUCCCGUCCCUGCCGUCCCACUCCAAGACAGAGGCAUCAAGGGGAAGAGCCUGGCUGCAUUGCCUCGCGACCGCGCUCUGCAUGCCGCUGUACCUCCCGCGCCGCCUCACCAUCCCGGACAUCGCCGCGCACCGCUGGUCCCGGCCCUACGCCAUCGCAUCCGCCGCGCUCGCGCCGGUCCUCCUCGCCUUCACCUGGACAUCGCAGCGCCACAACCCGGUGUCCUCCACCCACCGGCACAGCCUCGCGGUGCUCCUCGGCGGCGCCGGUCUCGGCCUCAUCCUGGCCGCGCUCGCCGCUGCCACCACGGACGCCACCUCCCCUCCCCGCGGCCGUAAGCGCCGGGUGCCGUGGCUCGCCGCGGGCUUCCUAAUGAGCGUGCUGUGGGCGUACACGCUGGCCCGCGAGCUCGUGGCGCUCCUGGUGGCCAUCGGCUACGUGGUGGGCGUCAGGCCGAGCGUGCUGGGCGUGACGGUGCUGGCCUGGGGCGACUCCCUGGGCGACCUGGUGUCGAACGUGGCGAUGGCGGUGCACGGCGGGCCGGGGGGCGCGCAGACGGCGGUGUCCGGGUGCUACGCGGGCCCGCUGUUCAACACGGUGGUCGGGCUGGGCCUGUCGCUGGCGCUGGCGGCGGGCGCGCGGCACCCGGCGCCGUUCUUGGUGCCCGCGGACGCGGCGGCGUACGAGGCGGUGGGGUUCCUGGCCGCGGCGCUGGCGUGGGCGCUGUUCGUGGUGCCCGUCCGCGGGAUGCGGAUCGACCGCGUCUACGGGGUGGGGCUCAUCGCCAUCUACCUCUGCUUCUUCGCCGUGCGCGUCUUCGAGACCCUGGGGCUCUGGAGUAGCUAGAAGCCGGGACCGAGAGCGCCUCGCAUCACACGCUAGCAGGCUAGCAGUGACUGACACUCCCCCCUGCCAGGGUUCGUUUGUUCCUUGCUACUGAUCAUUGUAAAGAAGCAGCAUCAAACUGCUGAUGAUGGUAGAUCUAGAUUGGCGUAGUAAAGAAGAACGAAGGAUAGGUGAUCUUGUAUAUAUUAUUACUGUAGCGUACCACCACUACACGCAUAGGUGUUGAUCAAUGUCGUAUUGUCGUCUCGGAGAAUCUGUUCUUUUUGUUCCCCACUUCCUCCUCUGUUUUGCAAUGGUAUCUGACUGGAAGAGCGCAGACAAUUGUCUGUUA